CCUCUCAGAAUUAGCAGUAACAGAUAAGUGAUUCAAUUGUAUAAAAGCACUGACUGAUGGCAAUUGCAAGUAUAGUUCUCACAUCUCACCAUGCAGUACAGUCUGAUCUUGUUAGCUCUGGUUGGCUUCGUAGCCGCAGAGACCUUCCAGCAGGAGGUGCCUCACAAGCAGCAGCAAGAUGUGAAGGAUCUAUUCUACAGCCCCAACUAUGACAGCAGCUACUAUCCUUUCUACUAUGCCCGCGAUUACAACAGGAACUACUACCCAUACAGCUAUGGAAGGAACUUCUACCCAGCCAAGGACCAGUACUAUGGACCAUACAACAGCCAGAGCUACUACCCAUACAGCAGCCAGAACUACUACCCAUACAGCAGCCAGAGCUACUACCCAUACAGCAGCCAGAGCUACUACCCAUCCCAGUACAAGUACGACAGCUACUACCCAUACAGCCAGAACUACGAGAGCUCCUACCCACAGAACUACCCAUACAACUACUACAGCCAGAACUACCCAUUCAGCUACAACAGGCAGUACUACCCAUUCAACUACAACAGCCAGAGCUUCCCAUUCAACUACUAUGGCCAGAACUACCCAUUCAACUACCAGUACCAGGGACAGUACUACCCAUUCAACUACAACAGCCAGUACUACCCAUACAACUAUCAGAGCCAGAACUACCCAUUCAAUGCUAAAAUGAAUGUCAAGAACUUCAAUGAACAGAACAGUGAGUAGCCUGA